CAUUUCUCUCUUUUCUCUCUCUAUUACACAACACACAUCUAAUCUCUCACAGACUCUCUUUUUUUGUCUCUCUUCAUCUUCAUUUUGGUAUAGAAUUUCUUCUUAUAAAUAUUGUAAAUUGAGUUAAACCGUUUUUUUUUAAUCAAAGAAGAAAGUAAAAUAGGGGGGCUUUUGGGGAGGAUGAACAAGCCCUCUGUUCUUCUUAUGCCUCCUCUUUAUUAAUCUCAGAUCUUACAAAAGAAAUUCACUCGAUUUCUAAUCUGGGUUUCUCUUUAUUUUGAAUUCUGGAUUUGUUUUGAAGGAUCCGAUGUUUUAGGAUUAGCCCCAUUUCGUAUCUGACAAGUUAUCUGUCUUUUGUUUGGGUAAAUUCUUGGAUAAGUUAGGAUGGAAUCGGAUCAUGGAAAACUUUUUAUUGGUGGAAUUUCGUGGGAUACUAAUGAAGAUCGGUUGAAGGAGUAUUUCAAAAGUUAUGGUGAAGUGGUGGAGGCAGUCAUUAUGAAGGAUCGGACAACCGGUCGUGCUCGUGGAUUUGGUUUUGUAGUGUUUGCAGACCCAGCAGUUGCAGAAAGAGUAGUUAUGGAUAAGCACAUGAUAGAUGGUAGAACGGUCGAAGCAAAGAAGGCUGUACCUAGGGAUGAUCAACAGAUUAUGAAUAGAAGCAGCAGCAGCAUCCAUGGCUCACCAGGUCCUGUUCGCACUAAAAAGAUAUUUGUAGGAGGUUUAGCAUCAACUGUUACAGAGAGUGAUUUCAAACAAUACUUUGAACAAUUUGGGGAUAUCACAGAUGUUGUGGUGAUGUAUGACCACAAUACCCAAAGACCUAGAGGAUUCGGAUUCAUAACAUAUGAAUUAGAGGAUUCUGUUGACACGGUGCUGCUCAAAACAUUUCACGAACUAAAUGGUAAAAUGGUAGAGGUUAAGCGGGCUGUCCCGAAAGAGUUAUCUCCAGGACCUAACCGCAGUGUUUUAGGUGGAUUUAAUUACGGGAUGAAUAGGGUCAAUAACUUCCUUACUGGCUUCAAUCAGGGAUUUAACCCGACCUCUAUUGGUGGUUAUGGUAUGAGGAUGGAUAGGUUUAGUCCAGCUCCUGGUAGUAGAGGUGGGUUUUCUCCAUUUGGUCCUUCUGGCUUUGGAAUGGGUGUUAAUUUUGAUCAGGCAUUGAGCCCAAGCUAUGGAGGAAAUGCAAAUCUUAGCUCUAAUUUCGGAUAUGGACGGGGUUUGAACCCUUACUUCAAUGGGAACUCAAGUAGAUACGGUAACUCUAUUGGUUAUGGUGGGGGCAAUGGAGGAAUUGGUUCAGUUUUGAACUCUACAGCUCGAAAUGUGUGGGGCAACGGGGGAGGCAUGAUUACAAACUCAUCUAAUUCGGGUGGUGCUUACUUGGGUUCAGGAAGUGGGACUAUUGGAGGAAAUGCAUUUGGUGGUAACACUGCUGCUGCAAAUUGGGGUUCCUCUCCUAUUUCUUCUGCUCAAGCCGGAGGGAGUGGCUCUAGCUACAAUGUUGGCAAUCUGAGCUAUGGAAAUGGUGAUAGCAAUUAUGGUCUGGGAGGGGGAGGAUAUGGUAGAAACAGCGGGGCCAAUGUCAAUACACCAUCAUAUGGUACAUUGAAUGGUAUUCCUGAUGGGGCAUUUGAAGACUUUUAUGGUGGUGGUGGUGGUGGUGGUGGUUCUAUAUACGGGGACUCCACUUGGCGGUCAAAUUCUGAGCUAGAUAUUUCUGAUUCAUUUGGCUAUGGGCUUGGUGGUACAGCUUCUGAUGUUGCAUCUAAAAGUUCUGCUGGUUUUGUUGGUGGUUAUAGUGUUACAAAUAGACAAGCAAAUAGAGGUAAAACUAAAGAAUCCUCAAAUUUUAGUAUGAAGAUUAAUCCAAUCAACUUGAUGAACUCUCUUGCGUGUUUGGUGGGCUUGCCUUUGUUUUAUCAUCUCUUGUUGCAAUGGAUUAGUCCAAUCAACUUAGUGAACUACUGUACUCUCUCGCUUAAUCGGUGAUGGAUUUUCCUUUGUUUUGCUUAAGGAAUUGCUGCCUAGGAGGAUCAUUAUUUUGGAUCAGGAAAUUACUGUAGGUGAAGGAAAAAUCGGUUGAAUCAGAUGACUGGUGAAAUCUAGACAUAUCCCCUCAUUAUACAUAGAAAAUUUGAUUAUCAUCUAGCUAACAUGAGUACCUAUCUUUAGGAUCUCAAAUUCAGGGGGAAGAAGCAGUUACAGGGAUUUUGUGUUUAAGGUUUGAUAUUUGUUUUUAAAGCUUAGGGUUUUUUUCUUUCUCAGUGUUUGAUUGAGUUGUAAAAUCAGAUUGCGGGAUGUAUUCAGAAAAGAAGAGUCUUAAUAUAUGUAUCGUGCAUCUCUGGCGAGACGAUACUUAAGAAAAGAAAAGAAAAAAAAGGAAAAGGAAAAACAACAAAAUAGUUUAUUAUUACUAUUAUUUUUUUUUCUUUUAAAUUUGAUGUAAUGUCACUAGCGAAGUGCUAGUUCAUGUCAGUCAGGUAAUGUUCUUCUUCUUCAUCUUCAUCUUGUGUUUUUUUUUUCUUCUUAUUUUUCUCAGGUUGUAUGCCAGAGAGUGUUCUGGUUGAUUUUACUAGUGUGGAACAUUUUAAGGGAUUCCAAUAUGUGGUACCUAGAAUAAGACCAAAUAUUCUCAUUCAUUUUCUUAUGGAAACUUUGUUUUCUGUUUUCUUGUAUC